AUGGAUCACGUGAAUGAUAAUUUAGAAGCAGUGAAGCUGAUAAAUAUAAGGGGUAGUGUUGAGAAUGUUACCCCACACAAGAUUGCAGUUGUAGCUUUUAUUCGCGAGUAUGGGCUUUUGAAAAUUGAAGAAAAACAGAAAGAAGACUGUGUUGUUGCACCUAAGUAUAGGAAAGAUUUUUGUAUCUUGUCAUUGAAGCUUAUUCAGUGUCCAGACAUGGAGUUCAAAGAGCUGGAGGCUCUCCUUACUGAUGGACGUUAUAAUUUGUUGAGUGUUCAUUUACAGAACUUUUGUGUUCGACUUCAAAACAUUUAUGUAAAUGGAAUUAGUGCUCUCAUGGAUUGUGUGACUUCAACUGUAGAUAAAUUAAUGAUAGAACCUAAUGAAACCAAUCCUUGUGUAAUAACAAGAUACAGUGUUUUAGGUUUUUACCUAAGGAGAAUAUUGCUCCAUUUAGACAAAAUGACAUUCAUGCAAGUAGUGUCAUUGUAUAAAUCUUUUUGUUUGUAUUAUCAAAAGGGUCGACCAGGAUUAAUGAUGAGAUCUUUGAGUAAAGAGAAACUAAAUAAUGUGGAGUCACAGACCACUUCAGCCAUAUCAGCUCAUCCUGAAGAAGCAAAGUCUCAUGAAUUUUCUAUGAAGAUGAAUAUAAUAGAUAAAGAUAACAGUUUCGAAGAAUGUCAUUGGUCUAGAAAACAAGCAGAACUAUUUACAGCGCAACAAGCAAAUUUAUUACAAAUAAAUGAGAGAAAAGCACUACCUCCACGUCAGCUACAAAAAACUAUUGGUCAGAUUAUAAACGACAUACCAGACUAUCCAGAUGUUCAUUUUCUAAGCUUUUUGAAUUGUGUUCGGACAAAGGAGUUUUGCGGUGCUCAGGAUUCUCUCUAUAACUGCUUCGAUCGGACUGUCUUCAAUGUGUCAGGAAACAGCAACAAUUCUAAUGACAGAAAUAAGAAUUUCCGAUAUGCUGCAUUAAACAGAGCUGCGAUGCACACUCAAUUUGGUCAUAAGUCGGUGGCGAUGGAGGGCGUGCGGGAGGCGCUGGCAGCGGCGCAAGAGGCGGCGGACGGGUGCUGCUUGGCGCACGCGGCGGCGUGGGGCGCGCUGGCGGGCGGUCGCGCGCGCCGCGCCGCGCUGCUGGCCCGCGUGCCGCGAGCACCGCGCGUCGCCGCGUCUGCUGCACAGCUCAUGGCGCAGCACGCCGCCGUCAACGGAGCCAAGCCCGCGGACGUGUUCCAGAUCAUUACCAAAGGCGAUUCGAUAAACUACUUGCAUUCGAUGAUCGACUUGACGAUGGCGGGUUUGGCGAAUCAGGCGGCUUUGUGGUCUCUGUAUGGGAAGACGGAAAUGGCAUCAGUCUGCUGUCAGCUGCUUCUCAACCUUAAUACAAAAUGCGGGUACGGCGAAUGGGGCGGCGGCGCGGGCACGUGGCACUGGACGGCGGCUUGCGGCACUGCGGCAGCCGGUGCGGCCUGCGUGGCCUCCUGGCGCGCCGACCCCGCGCUCGCCGCCGCCCUCGCCGCGCACUUGCCCGCCGCUACGCACCCCGCCCUCGCUGCCAUGCACCAUGCCCGCGCGGCGCUUCUGGCAGGUAAAUGGGAAGAGGCGGAACAGAGUAUAGGACAACUGGCUUCUUUUGAUAGAUGGGAGAGCCAAAUAUUAAAAGCGGAAAUGUAUUUUCUGAAAGGCGACGCCACAGAGGCUUUGGAAUCUUUACACGACAUCUUCGAUUUCUGCAAAACUGAAGAUGAUAGUCUUUAUUUCAUCUCCAUGAGAUUGAAAGCAAUGAUAUUGAUGUCCCAAGUACAACAUUCAUUCAGCAGUAUUCAGUCCUCUAAUAUUAUGUUGUUGAACGAAGCAUUGUCACUAGCGAAGAAGUAUCAUCUGCAUUAUUUAGCUGCUACGGCCGAGAUGCAUAUAGCUAAUGUCCAGCUCCAUAUGGGAUGUGCUAAGAAUGCUCUUGUGCUAGUACGAAAAGUAUUACCCUCAAUUAUGGCACACGGGAGUUCAUACGAUACGGCUAGAGCACUCUUGUUGUAUACGAAGUGCCGUAUUGCAUCCGCUCCCAUUUGUGGGGAAGCACGAUCGCAAGUGUUACAAUCGUGCUGUGAUGCACUAGAACUUGUUAAAAAGAAUUUUUCCAAAGUUGGUGCCCAUUCAAGGUUGCUUCAGACUUGGUAUUUACAGGCACAGUUGUAUAAUGAUAUUGGCAAUCACGCAUCGAGAAAUCAAUGUGCUUGGAUGUACAGACAAUUAGAAACACAAAACCCUAUUGAGCCAUCAAAUACUCUGCUUGUCAUGUAUUAA